UUGAAGUAUUGAAAAGUGUUGUCUAUAUAUACGUGUAUGAGAGAAAGUGUAAGAGAGAUAUACUUAUUAUAUAUACACUAGGGUUUAUUGUUCAUCAGUGUUAGCUUACAGCUCACCUACUUGCAUCUGCUGGGAUGGAUCACACAAUUUUCAUAUGGAAUGUAUGGAGCAGAAAUGAGAAGAAAGCGUGUAUGCUAAACUUCCACAAUGCUGCAGUCAAAGAUGUGAAAUGGUCUCCGCAAGGCCACUUUCUACUUUCUUGUGGAUAUGAUUGCACGACAAGAUUGGUCGACGUUGAAAAGGGAUUGGAGACUCAGGUUUUCAGAGAAGAUCAAAUUGUUGCAGUUAUAAAGUUCCAUCCAGACAAUUCAAAUAUCUUCCUUUCUGGAGGUUCAAAUGGCCAUAUCAAAUUGUGGGAUGUCAGAACGGGCAAAGUAGUUCAUAAUUAUAAUCGAAAUUUAGGUCCAAUUCUCGAUCUUGAGUUCACAAUGAAUGGGAAGCAAUUCAUUUCUUCUUGUGAUGUAUCUCAAAGUAAUAUCAGUGAGAACGCUAUUAUUGUUUGGGAUGUUUCAAGGGAGGUACCAUUGUCUAACCAGGUUUAUGCAGAAGCUUAUACAUGUCCUUGCGUGAGGCUGCACCCAUUUGAUUCAAUUUUUGUUGCCCAGUCAAAUGGAAAUUAUGUUGCAAUCUUUACUUCCACCCCACCUUACAGGCUCAACAAAUAUAAGCGAUAUGAGGGCCAUGUGAUCUCUGGGUUCCCAAUCAAGUGUAAUUUCAGCUUGGAUGGGAAAAAACUUGCUUCUGGCUCUUCAGAUGGUUCUAUCUUCCUUUAUGAUUAUCAGUCAUCCAAAGUUGUGAAGAAAAUCAAGGCCCAUGAUCAAGCAUGCAUAGAUGUUGCCUUCCACCCCAUUAUACCUAAUGUUAUUGCUUCAUGCUCGUGGGAUGGAAGUAUUUUGGUAUUUGAGUAGUGAUACCUAUUAUCAUCCCAUUCCAGGGUAAUCUUUAAUUUUCCCAAAAGUCAAUGGGCAUGCAUUUGGUUACUUCUAGAAAAUGAUUUGCUAGGAGAGUGGAAAACUCUAGCUUUCUCUUAGUCUAGGCAGCUGUUUCUUGUUUAUUAGAUACUGUGUGAAUAAUGAAACCUCUCACAAGUCAAUGUUUUCUUAAAUGUGUGCCUUUUACUGUUA